UUGUCACACACUAUAAACAUUCGUUUAAAACCCUAACCCUAAUUUAUUCCCAGCCGACGAGCUUUCAAUCUCUCCUCGCGUCCGCAGCAAAAACCCAAAGAGAAGAACAACUUUCUUCAUCCCUAAUCUACAAUCAUGGGUAAGGUUCACGGAUCUCUGGCUCGUGCUGGAAAAGUUAGAGGACAAACUCCAAAGGUAGCUAAACAAGACAAGAAGAAGAAGCCUAGAGGCAGAGCUCACAAGAGGAUGCAAUACAACAGACGUUUCGUUACUGCUGUUGUUGGAUUUGGCAAGAAGAGAGGACCUAACUCUUCAGAGAAGUAAGCUGGAAACACAAUGAGGGAAGGAGUUUAAGGUGUAGAGGAUAGCUGUUUUUAGUUUAUAUGCGGAUUUUGUUUUAGUUCGUCCCAGAGGCAAGAAUUUUUAUGUUAUGGGGUUACUCUUUUUGAUACUUAUUGCUAUGGGUCAAAACUUUGUUGAAUUCAUGUUAACUUCAACUUAAAUGGAUGUUUAGAAAGAACCAGAAUUUAUUACAUCAGCGUUCCUGUUUGUGUUGAACCACUUUUUUGAA